AUGGCUGACGACGAGCUUAUCGCCUCGGUCUACCACAAGAUCGAGCGAGAAAAAGCCCUCAUAGCUGCCGCAAUGAACCUGAGACAAUCCACCGAUAAUCAAACUGUACAGCGACAAGCUGACGGGCAGAUCCGUGAUGGCCGCAGGAACAUUGCAUAUUUGGAAGAAAAGCUUAGGGAGUUGCAAUAUCGCAAAGAUGGCGCUGCGACAUCCGGAGCGCCUCAGCUACCGCCAUUGGGAGCUGGUGGUGAACAACGCCGGAACGGGGGUGGAUACGAUGCUCCUGCGCCCCCUCCAAAGGAUCCCAGACCAGGCUACCCGGGCGAUACAGGUGAUUACGGAGACCCAGGUCCUGGAGGAUAUAGCCAAGGGGGCACUGGCAUGAUGCCCUCUCGUGCCCCAUUUUCCGAUCCUCGACCUGAUGCUGCCAUUCCGAAAGGGCGGCCAAAUUACAGCAAACUCGAUCUGAUUAAAUAUGACACACCUUACCUCGGUCCAAAGAUUCAACUGAUGUUAUCGCAACUCGAAUUCAAACUCAGCGUAGAGAAACAAUAUAAAGCGGGUAUCGAAAAGAUGGUCCGUCUUUAUCAAGAUGAAGGUGACCGAAAAAGCCGAGCCGAUGCUGAGGGUCGUCGCAUUGAGAGCAAUCAAAAGAUUCAAUUGCUGAAGCAGGCUUUGAAGAGAUAUGAAGACUUGCACAUCGAUAUUGACAGCUCGGCCGAUAACGCAGAUGACGACAGUAUCAAUGCCCCCAAUAUGCGCAAACCUCUGACUGGUCACUUAACGUUACGGAUACAUUCAGUUCAAGACGUAGACCAUGCCGCAACCUCUCGAUUUUCUCGAGGCCCUGAGACUUUCGUCGUCAUCAAGGUUGAAGAUGCCAUCAAAGCACGCACCAAAGCCUCUCGAACCGAUAGGUGGACAGACGAAACUUUCAAUAUCGAUAUCGACAAGGCAAAUGAGCUUGAACUCACAGUCUAUGACAAGUCCGGAGACAGGCCAAUUCCCAUCGGCAUGCUCUGGAUGCGCAUAUCAGAUAUCGCCGAGGAAAUGCGACGGAAGAAGAUCGAGACAGACCUGGCCUCGAACGGCUGGGUUUCUGCAGAUAAAAUGAGCCAAGGAGCAUCGGGACGCCCGAAUCCAAAUGCGCCGUUGAGCCCUACAGGCGGACAACGCCCAGGCGGCCAAUCUCAGCAACCCGGAGGUGCAACUGGUGGCGCAAGCGCCGGAAAUGCUGUUCUGAUAGACUCGUGGUUCGCAUUGGAGCCUGUGGGUAGAAUCCAUAUGCAAGUCAGCUUUGCCAAACAAUUGAAGGAUCGCCGGCCAUUCGAUAUUGGUCUGAAUCGGCAAGGUGCGGUUCGUCAGAGGAAAGAAGAAGUCCACGAGAAACAAGGACACAAAUUCGUUACUCAGCAAUUCUACAACAUUAUGCGUUGUGCGCUCUGUGGAGAGUUCCUCAAGUAUGCCGCUGGGAUGCAGUGCGAGGAUUGUAAAUACACUUGCCAUCGCAAGUGCUACCCGAAAGUCGUCACAAAGUGUAUCAGCAAAGCCAACUACGAGACUGAUCCCGAUGAAGAAAAAAUCAACCAUCGCAUCCCGCAUCGUUUCGAAAACUUUGCCAAUAUUUCGGCGAAUUGGUGCUGUCAUUGUGGUUCUCUUCUGCCUUUUGGUCGGAAAAAUGCCAAGAAGUGCACAGAAUGUGCCCUUACUUGCCAUACUUCUUGCGCCCAUUUGGUUCCGGACUUUUGUGGCAUGUCUAUGGAGACCGCGAAUGAGAUUAUAAAAGCUCAGGUUCAGAUGAAGAAUCUCAACAUGAACAAAACCUCGCCAGUUGGCUUAUCAAACCGCAACCUACGGGACAAUGCUCCUGCUCCUUUGGUUCCCAUGAAGCCCUCGGAUUACGGAAGACCGCCAUCUUCACAAGCCGUCAGUGCUGCUACUACUUCUUAUCCAACUCCUCAGUCACCUACUACCUCGUCCAGGCAAAAUCUUCCUCCUAGGACAUCGUCCAUUGAAGCUCAGAAAGCCGCAGAGGCCGCAAUCAGUGGGAUGCGGCCAACAUCUCAGCCAAGCCAAGACCCUCGACUUGCACAGUCACAACAACCUCCUAUUCGUCCUUACAAUCCAGCGGCAUAUGGCGAGGUCAUGAGACAAGAGCCUCCCGCAGGUCCCAUGCCUGGUCAGAAAAUCUCACCUUAUCAAGCAGCGCCUCAGCCUCAACAGAUUCCACCACCUCAGCCCCAAGUUGUACUUCAACCUCAGGCUUCAGUCCCGGUUGUAGCCCAGCAACCACCACCCUCAAAAGAACCGUCAGGACGGGGUCCAAGAAUCGGACUCGAUCACUUCAAUUUCCUUGCCGUUCUCGGAAAGGGUAAUUUCGGUAAAGUCAUGCUUGCCGAGACGAAGACAACCAAGAAACUUUAUGCUAUUAAGGUUCUGAAGAAAGAAUUCAUUAUUGAGAACGAUGAAGUCGAAAGUAUGAAAUCGGAGAAACGGGUUCUUCUUAUUGCCAACAAGGAAAGACACCCCUUUUUGUUGACCCUGAACGCUUGCUUCCAAACAGAAACGCGUGUGUACUUUGUCAUGGAGUAUAUCAGCGGUGGUGAUUUGAUGUUGCACAUUCAGAGAGGCCAAUUUGGUCUAAAGAGAGCACAAUUUUAUGCUGCUGAAGUUUGUCUAGCGUUGAAAUAUCUCCACGAAAACGGUGUCAUUUACCGUGAUUUGAAGCUCGACAACAUUCUGUUGACUUUGGAUGGUCAUAUCAAGAUUGCCGAUUAUGGUCUAUGUAAGGAGAAUAUGUGGUAUGGAAGCACUACCAGUACAUUUUGUGGUACACCAGAGUUCAUGGCUCCUGAGAUUCUUCUUGAUAAGAAAUAUGGACGAGCUGUUGACUGGUGGGCAUUUGGUGUGCUGAUCUACCAGAUGUUGCUUCAACAGUCUCCUUUCCGUGGUGAAGAUGAAGACGAAAUCUACGACGCUAUCCUUGCGGAUGAGCCUCUCUAUCCCAUUCAUAUGCCACGUGAUUCUGUUUCUAUCCUUCAAAAGCUCCUCACCCGCGAGCCCGAACUUCGACUUGGAUCAGGUCCCACUGAUGCGCAAGAGAUCAUGUCGCAUGCAUUCUUCCGAAAUAUCAACUGGGACGAUGUUUAUCACAAACGAAUCCCUCCACCAUUCAUGCCGACAAUCACCAGCGCCACCGAUACGAGCAACUUCGACCAGGAGUUCACCAGUGUCACUCCUGUCCUUACUCCAGUUCAGUCUGUUCUUUCGCAAGCUAUGCAAGAAGAGUUCCGGGGAUUCUCAUAUACCGCAGACUUUGCGUAA